CUGGCAAGCAAUAUUUCUUCAUUUUUAUUUUUCUUCUUCGUUUCCGCUCCAUCCUAAUACUUUUAUACUUUAUUUUUUAUUUAAAAACAUUAUUUAGAUAUUAUUUUAUUUUGAACUUUUUAUCUGGUGCCACCUACCUAUUUGUAUACAUUUUUGCAUCCAUCAAGUUACCAAUCGACAUUGACUGCCGAAUAAGCACAUACGCUUAAAAGUAAUACAAAAAAGUUCCCAUCAAUUAUUAUGAAGGUACUCGCAUACCUGUCACUUUUGUUGACAGGCACCUCAAUGCUUGCAGCAAACGUCAUGGCUGCUGGGCAGUCCAAGUAUAACAAACGUCUGGAAACAUCUCGCGCCACAGACAUAAGGGGUGCUAUUCUGCUCAAGAACGCCAAGGCAACGACCUGUGAGCUCGCCCUGGUGAGCAACCUCGUCGGCUUUGUUUCAGCCAACUGCUUGGACUUUACGGGCAACACAACAGAUUUGAAUGCCGCGACCAAGUACCAGGUUCUCAUUUCGGGUGGCAAGACCACCAGUUUGGGCACCUUCGACGUCGACUCCAUCACUGUUCACCCGGGCUACGACCCAGUUUCGUUUGCCAAUAAUUUGGCCCUGCUAAAGUUUAAUACUGGUAGUCCCAUUGAGUUCAAGAACUACAUUGCUGCUAAUCGCGCCGAAUGGACCAGCACUAUGUACGUGCGCCGUGGGGUUACGCCAAACACCGUCAACGGACUGAUAGAGCCACAGGCUGUCAUUGGAUCUAGUGAUACUACUAGCAAGUGCGCUUUGGCCUCUACUCUCUACGGCGGCAAUCUCGACGACCUUAUGUGUACUGAACAGGUUCUAGUCGCCAAUGAGGGCAACAAGACGUGCCUCAGCCCCUAUGGUGCUGUCUAUGGCGUGCGCGACCCUGACCUUGCCAUUGCCGGCCUGUACAGCCACUCAGUGCUUGUUGGCGGAGACAACCUGUGCGAGGCUACAAGUGUUUGGAACUUUUAUACCGUCCUGUCAAACUUCCUCGAGUGGGGAGGUGAUGUGGCCGAGUCGACAAUUUACUUGUAUGUUGCCGAUAACAACUACAUUAACAACUUCCGCCCCAACUACAGCAUGCUGGUUCCUCCGGGCAAGCCUACUAUUGAGGGCGUUGUUGUCGGUGGUGAUCUGAAUGGCCUCACCAUUAUUGGCACUGUGGCCAAGGUCUCCGAGCCAGCAUCUUCCCCAGCAGAGCCUUCAUCCUCAUCCUCGCCCAUUAAGCCAUCGAGCACUCCCUCUAGCUCCACGCCUUCCAGCUCAAGCGAACCCUCUUCAAGCGCCAAUAAAAAGGAGGCUACUUCUGCUUCUGUUGCUGCUACCACUGCUUCCACACCCAGCUCUACAGCUAAUACUGCCAGCUUGGAGCAACAGGACACGGGCAAGAAGACAAACAUGACCACUAUUCUCAUCAUUGCCGGCGUUGGUAUUCUUGUCAUUGCCAUUAUUUGCUUUAUCAUUUACAAGCGCUGGAAGAACAAGCGCCGUCCUAAGCAGACCUACAGGACCGAACUUAACAAUGAUGACUUUGACGCUGGUUACCAGGAGGAUAAUGGCGGGCAUAUUGACCACUUGAAUACCGGUAUUAGUCAGGGCAGGAGCCGCAGGCCUGUUGAUUCGUAUGAUGAGCGGUAUGCUGGGACAUACGAGAAGGGCAAACACGAACACUUUACCGACUACAAGAUGGACUCGGGAAAGGGCCGUCGUGAGUAUGACUGAUACCCAAGGCCAGAAUCUGAUCUAGUCAAGUCGCUAGUUUAUUUUUCAUUAUUUAUUUUCCAAGCUGUUUAUUAUUAUUAUUAUUAUCAUUACAUUCAGCUUGUUUUAAACCCGCAAGACUAUAAAGUGGCAAUACAACAAUACGACAUGUAUUGCAAAUAUUAAGUGC